CCGAAACUAUUAAAAAACUCCUAAAUGCGCGCCCUCUUCAAAACCCCACAAUAUAAACCCUAACCAAAAUUACAGGAGAGAGAGAGAGAGAGAGCUGAAGCUCACCAUCCAUGGCGGUUCCCAGCUCAGAGUCCACGGGAACGAAAGCUUCAGCACCUCAUUUGGUCAAGGCAAAUCACAACCAGUUCUUCGUAUGGAGAGAAUUCCUUUGGGGAGGUAUUGCCGGUGCUUUUGGGGAAGGGAUGAUGCACCCGAUUGAUACAGUAAAGACCCGACUGCAAAGUCAAGCUAUCCUUAGCGGAUAUCAGAAUCAGAAAAGCAUACUACAGAUGGUUCGCACAGUCUGGGCCACUGAUGGGCUAAGAGGUUUUUAUAGAGGAAUAGCUCCUGGAGUUACUGGAUCUCUUGCAACUGGAGCAACAUAUUUUGGUGUCAUAGAGUCCACGAAGAAGUGGACAGAAGAAAAACACCCUGGCCUUGGGGGCCACUGGGCUCAUUUCAUAGCCGGAGCCAUUGGAGAUACUCUUGGCUCUGUUGUGUAUGUUCCAUGUGAAGUGAUGAAGCAACGCAUGCAGAUUCAAGGCACUAGAAAAUAUUGGAGUUCAGUUGUCAUGAAACAGAAUGCUGGUAUGAAACCAGGCAUGGAAAUGUACGGCUAUUACUCGGGAAUGUUUCAGGCCGGCUCUUCAAUUUGGAAGGAACAGGGGCUAAAAGGAUUAUAUGCGGGAUACUGGUCUACACUUGCAAGGGAUGUGCCAUUCGCAGGUCUAAUGGUCACCUUUUAUGAGGCCCUAAAAGAUUUGACUGAGUAUGGGAAGAAAAAGUGGAUGCCCGGUUCGAGUAACCAGGUUAAUAGUUCUCUUGAGGGACUCUUGUUGGGAGGACUAGCUGGUGGUUUUAGUGCAUACCUCACCACUCCCUUGGAUGUGGUCAAGACAAGACUACAAAUACAGGGUCCGACUUUAAGGUAUAGUGGCUGGCUGGAUGCAGUUCAUGGUAUCUGGAAGACUGAAGGCAUAGCAGGAAUGUUCAGGGGUAGCAUUCCCAGAAUUAUGUGGUAUAUACCUGCAUCUGCUCUUACCUUUAUGGCUGUUGAAUUCCUCAGAGACCAUUUUAACGAAGAAUUGAGCAACGGUGAAGUGCAAGAACUCGCAAGCUUAUCAAUCGACAAAAAGAGAUCUUCCUUACAAGAGGUGUCUUCGUAGAAACUCCUACUGAAUUACAACUUUUAACCAGCCGGAUUACUUCACUGAUACGAUUUUGUACCAUAAUAGAAUAUCACAGUAGUGAAAAGCCAGGGGAGGCUAUAGCUCUUACCUUAUCCAUUCGUUUUACUGAUUCAUGGGCACAAUCAUAGGCAUUCUUUUGAUGAAAGCCUCGAGAAAAUGGUUAAACGACGUGUGGAAUUUGUUGGGAUUUGAAAUUUGUUCUGUAUACAAGUAUUUUUUUUUUGACAUGUUCUGUAUACAAGUAUAUGGUGAUGAAAUUCUGCAAUCUUGGUUUUUGUUUCU